CCGGGGCCUGCCAUGUCCCAUCCUCCAUCUUCCCUACGCCACCAGCAUCCCUUUUUGAAGGCCCAGGAAGAGGGAGAAGAGGAGGAUAAAUAUGAGCUGCCCCCCUGUGAGGUUCUGCCCGUCAGUCUGGCCCCUGCACAGUCUCUUGGCUCUAAAGACGACUCCUUGUAUCUGGAUCGUUCUGGGCCCCUGGAUCCAUCCAAGCCACCACUGGCCCCGCCUCAGUCUAACAUGGCCAGAGGACUCCCCAUAAACCCUUCUUUCCCAACCCGUCCUACCUCUGGCUACCAUUUCCCGCUGAAGACAGCAAUGAACCUGCAGCCUGCAAAGCAGGGACCUGUUUUUGGAAGGCAAGGGCGAGGUACAUCUGCUAGAAUGGUAACAAAGAAACCAGAUGAGGACAUCUACCUGGAGUGUGAGCCGGAUCCAGUUCCAGUCUUGACUAGGUCUCUAAGCUCCAAAGCCCUGAUACCUCCAGUUCCUCUACCAAGAACAUCUGGAUUGCCCAAGUCAGUGGCUGGUCACCAGGAGGCUCGGAAUGGAGCUAUGGAUGGAGCGUUGAAAGGGUCUGUGCUAACUCGAGAAGCUGCCAGUAUGUGUCCCAAGAUCAGUUGUCACGUGGAGAUCAGGCAAGGCCUGUCUGCAGGAAGGAGGCUGUCUGCUUCCUCCAUAGCCCCUGCUCUGAGUAGCUCUGCUGCUGAGAAUGGUAGUCUGCUGGGUCAGCCUUGGUACUCCGGAAACUGUGACCGUCAGUCUGUUGAGAGAGCCCUGCUUCACUUCCAAAAGGAUGGGGCCUACACGGUGCGCCUCAGCUCUGGGCCUCACAGGUCCCAGCCCUUCACUUUAGCAGUACUCCUCAGAGGCCGCGUCUUCAACAUUCCCAUCAGGCAACUGGAUGGCGGGCACCACUUUGCCCUGGGUCGGGAGGGCAGGAAUCAUGAGGAGCUCUUCUCCUCGGUGGCCGCCAUGGUUCAGCAUUACACGAAGCACCCCCUGCCCCUUGUGGACAGACACAGCGGCAACCGGACACUCACCUACCUGCGCUUCCCCACCAAGCCCUGAAGAAACAGCAGGGCACAGAUCCCCCUUGGGCAAGUGGUGUGUGCCCCAUUCACUUUCUCUCCCACUUUAGGCUGUUUCCUUUUCCCUGCCUUCCUCCACCCCAAAAGCUCCGCAGGUUCAAACUGAGAGGCAUGAAGAUGGCCACCUGGGAGGCUGGCUUCCUCAGAGACACUGCCUCUCUUUAGACUGACUUCUUGUGUGUGGUUUGCAUCUUCUGGGAGGAACUAGGUACCCAGCACACAGUAUACUUUCAA